CUCUCUCGCAAGCCAUUUUCCAAAGGUCUUUGCUUUCUGCACCUAACCAACAGUCAGCCAAUCAGAGUCUGCGUGAGGCCCCAGCCGACGCUAAUUGGUACCCGCCGCCUGGCCCGGGUUCUGAGCGCCGGUUUGGACACCCUAGCUCCAGCUAGGCGAGGGUGCGCGAGCCUGCAUUGCUGUGGACUCUGGGGUACCUCGGCAUCGCUCCCAAGAGCUUCUGCUGAGACAAGCAUCUUGCGGCCCUGGCAACUCAACCCUCCCCCGGCUCACAGGGCACAGCAAUCAACCCCCAAAUUCCGAUGGACCCCGCAGGGGGAGCGGCGAGGCCCGGGCGCUUCUUUGGCGUCUACCUGCUCUACUGCCUGAACCCUCGGCACCGGGGCCGCGUCUACGUGGGGUUCACCGUCAACCCUGCUCGUCGGGUGCAGCAGCACAACAGGGGCCGCAAAAAAGGCGGGGCCUGGCGGACCAGUGGGCGCGGGCCCUGGGAGAUGGUGCUCAUCGUACACGGCUUCCCCUCUGCCGUGGCCGCCCUUCGGUUCGAGUGGGCCUGGCAGCACCCGCAGGCCUCGCGCCGCUUGGCGCACGUGGGCCCGCGCCUGCGCAGUGAGGCCGCCUUCGCCUUCCACCUGCGCGUGCUGGCGCACAUGCUGCGCGCGCCGCCCUGGGCGCGCCUCCCGCUCACCGUGCGCUGGCUGCGCGCCGACUUCCGCCAGGACCUCUGCCCGCUGCCGCCGCCUCACGUGCCGCUGGCCUUCGGGCCUCCGCCGCCCGGGGCCCCGGCCCCGAGGCGCCACGCAGGUCCCGCCGCGGACCCCGAGUCGUGCGAGUCCGACGCCGAGGCCCGCUGCACCCUGUGCGCGCGCGAGCUCCAGGAUGAAGAGGGCCCCCUGUAUUGCCCCCACCCUGGCUGCUCCCUAAGGGCCCAUGUGAUCUGCCUGGCAGAGGAGUUCCUGCAGGAGGAACCAGAACAGCUUCUGCCCCUAGAGGGCCAAUGCCCUGGCUGUAAGAACUCACUGCUGUGGGGAGACCUGAUCUGGCUGUGCCGGAUGGGCACCGAGGAGGAAGAGGAGGACUCGGAACUAGAAGAGGAACACUGGACCGACAUGCUAGAGACCUGAUCCUCAGCGCCCCCAACCUCUGCCCACUCCUUUUCUGUGUCACCCCCUGCAGGUCUGGGCAGUUUUUACUUGAGUACAAUAAAAAGUCUGAAUUAAGGG